AUGUAAGAACAAUUGAAAUUAAAUUACUAAGAUCAAUUCUCUGAUUACUCUGAUGAUGAAGAAGAUGCAGAAGACUGUCGAAAUUAUGCUAUUGGCUGUUUUCAUCCUGUAUUUAUUGGAGAAGUGUUUCAUGGAAGAUAUGUAGCAAUUUAAAAGCUAGAAUUUGGUCAUGAUUCAACUAUAUGGCUUGCUAAAGAUUUUAAGACUAAUAAUUUUGUAGCUCUUAAAUUGUAAAGAAGUGCUCCUAGAUCAUAAGAGGCUGUAUUAUUAAGAAAAUAAAUAGGCAUUAAAUGAAAUUGAGAUCCUUUAGACUAUUCACAAAAAAUCAAAAUUAAUCAAUAUUGUAAAAUUAUUGCAUGUAUUUUUGCAUAAAGGUCUAUUUGGAUAACAUUUUGUAUUGGUAUUUGAAAUGUUGGGAAUUAAUCUAUUAAGAAUCUCUCAUUCAACAGAAGAUAGAGGAUUAAAUCUUGAUCAAUGCAAAUCCAUUAUUAAAUAAAUUCUUAUUGCUUUAGACUUUUUGCAUAGAGAAUGUGGAAUCAUUCAUGCUGAUUUAAAACCUGAAAAUAUUAGAGUUUGUUUAACUAAUGAAUAAGUUAAGGAAUUAGUUGAUAAAGGUUAAAUCACUUAACGAUAACAAUUCUAAGAUAAUAUAAAACAUUAUCAAAAAUAAUCAUCAUCAGAAAAAAAGAAAGAAAAAAGAAAAAGAUAAAAAGAAAAGAAAAAGUUAUUAUCUAUAAAACAGAAACUACAAUGGAUGGUGGGUUUGGACAAAAGGUAGAAUACUUAGAUAAAUGUAGAAUAUUUUAAAUAAAGAUUGUGGAUUUUAGUAAGGCUUGUUUGAUCAAUCAUCAUAGAUAUGAGACAAUAUAAACUUUGUAAUAUAGAGCCCCAGAAGUCAUUAUGGGGUAAUUCUAUACAACCUCUGCUGAUAUUUGGAGUUUGGCUUGUAUUGCAUUUGAAUUGAUAACUGGAGACUGUUUGUUUGAAAUCCAAAAUAAUGAUGAAUUGACUCAUCUUGCUUACAUUUAAUAAAUUUUAGGACCUUUUCCUAUUGAAUUUACUUGUGUAGGAAAGAAUUGUAAAAAGUACUUUUCACAUAAUGGAGUGCUUAGACACUUCAAGGUGAGUGAAUACUAUACUAUGGAAUAAAUCUUAGUUUAGAAGUAAGAAUAUUGAAAAAUAAAGAGAUACUAGAUGGAUAAAGUAGAAGCAAAUCUAUUUGCAGAUUUUUUAUUACCUAUGUUGAAUGUUAUACCUUAUAAAAGAGCUACAGCUUCAUAAAUGUUGAAACAUCCUUGGAUAAGUAAAUAACAAUUUAAAUUUUAUUAUUUUAUUGAAUAAACAUUUAUAGAUAAUGAGCAUGAAUGUGAUGAAGAGGACUUAAUUAAUAAGCAUCUUUUAUGA